CAGAUUGUAUGUUCUGGAUCAGCCUCUGUGUGUGUGUGUGUUUGUAUGUGUGUGCGUGCGUGUGUGUGCGUGUGUGUGUGUGUGUGUGUGCAUGUUUCUGUCAUCAGCUUUUGGUGUUUUCUUUGUUGAUCUGUUUGGGUUCCUCAGUUCUCCAGUGGAUUCUUUCUUUUCCAGAACAUUACAGAUCAUUGUGGUGGUUAUUCCCAGAGAUUUUCUUUCGUUUCUCAGCUUCAACAUGUCUCAGUUUUUUUCCACAGGUGAAACCCAGGACUCAAACCAAGACAUUCAGUCUAACAGGACUGACCUGUGCCAACAAACACCUAUCAUGUUCCAAUAUUUCAAAGUUUAAACCAAAGGUUCCAGGUUCUAAGGUGUUUAAAAAUGUCUAGAUAUGAAUUUCAGAAAAUAUCUGAAAUAUCGUCUCAUAUUCAGUGUUUGAUCUCAAAGCCAUGUCUUCAGUUUAAAGCAAAAACAAAAGCACUGGCCAUUCUGUUCCAGUACUUCCAGAGGGGACUGUCCACACACACAAAUGUUGGUCAGUGUUCAGCUGUCACAUUCCUCCCAGAGCUGCUGUUUAUUUUUAGCAGGAAGGCGGAGAUCCUCUGCUUUAUCUUCGUGUCUACAUUGUGUCCAGUGAGGAGGAGUGUUGAUCCAAGUAAUGUUGUAGUGGUCAGUGAGGAGCAGUGAUCAUCACAGGGACAUUACAGUGGUCAGUGAGGAGCAGUGAUCAUCACAGGGACAUUACAGUGGUCAGUGAGGAGCAGUGAUCAUCACAGGGACAUUACAGUGGUCAGUGAGGAGCAGUGAUCAUCACAGGGACAUUACAGUGGUCAGUGAGGAGCAGUGAUCAUCACAGGGACAUUACAGUGGUCAGUGAGGAGCAGUGAUCAUCACAGGGACAUUACAGUGGUCAGUGAGGAGCGGUGAUCAUCACAACAGCGUGAUGGGAAAUUAUAAAUCCAGACCAACGCAGACGUGUACAGAUGAGUGGAAGAAGAAAGUGAGCGAGUCGUACUCAGUGAUUCUGGAAAAGUUGGAUGAUGAUCUGAGGAUUAAAGAUAAGGAAUAUUCUGAACUCAAACACGUAUUCAGUUCAGAUGAAGCUUUUAACAAAGUGAAUCUGAACUACCGUUCCGAGGCCGGACUGUCGCUGCUCCACCUGUGCUGCAUCUGCUCAGGAAAUAAGAGUCACAUUCGCACUCUAAUGCUGAAAGGACUGAGAGCCUCUAGACUGAGUCGCAAUGGAUUUACGGCCCUCCAUCUCGCUGCUUAUACGGAUAAUGCUGAGCUGGUUACAGCUUUGUUGCAUGGUGGAGCAGAUGUCCAGCAGGUGGGAUACGGAGCCCUUACAGCUCUGCACAUUGCUACUAUAGCAGGACAUCAUGAGGCAGUGGACAUUCUCCUGCAGCACGGCGCUUAUGUUAAUGUUCAAGACGCUGUGUUCUUCACACCUCUGCACAUAGCAGCUUACUAUGGCCAUGAGCAGGUGUGUAAGCUGUUGCUGAAAUUCGGAGCAGAUGUUAAUGUUAGUGGAGAGGUUGGAGAUCGUCCACUUCACCUCGCCGCCGCUAAAGGUUUCCUCAACGUCGUCCGUCUGCUGAUGGAGGACGGAGGCCAAGUGGAUGUGAAUACGCAGGAUAAUGAGGAUCAUGUGCCCCUGCAUUUCUGUGCACGAUUUGGACACCAUGAGGUUGUGCGUUUCCUUCUGCAGGGAAACUUUAACGCCCAGCCUCAUUCCAUCAACAUUUAUGGAGACACACCGCUGCAUCUGGCAUGUUAUAACGGGAAGUUUGAGGUGGUGAAGGAGUUGGUGCAGCUCACAGGAACAGAAAGUCUGUCCAAAGAGAACAUCUUCAGUGAGACGGCACUCCACAGUGCCUGUACAUAUGGUAAAGACAUAGACAUGGUCAAGUUCCUGAUUAACCAGAAUGCAGUCAGCGUUAAUCACCAGGGCCGAGAUGGACACACGGGUUUACACAGCGCCUGUUUCCAUGGACACAUUCGCCUUGUUCAGUUCUUACUGGACAGUGGAGCUGACAUGAACCUGGUGGCGAGUGACCCGAGUCGCUCCAGUGGUGAGAAAGAUGAGCAGACGUGUCUGAUGUGGGCCUAUGAGAAAGGUCAUGACGCCAUCGUCACACUGCUGAAACACUACAAACGUCCUCUCGAAGAUUCACCCUGUAAUGAAUACUCUCAGCCAGGAGGGGAUGGAUCCUAUGUUUCUGUUCCGUCUCCACUGGGGAAGAUCAAAAACAUGACAAAAGAGAAAGCUGAUGUCUUGCUCCUCAGAGCGAGUCUCCCCUCUCAUUUCCACCUGCAGCUCUCAGAACUGGAAUUUCACGAGAUCAUCGGCUCUGGCUCCUUCGGCAAAGUGUAUAGAGGAAAAUGUCGCAAUAAGAUUGUAGCCAUUAAACGGUACCGGGCCAACACAUACUGCUCGAAGUCGGACACGGACAUGUUCUGUCGUGAGGUUUCCAUCCUGUGUCGCUUAAAUCAUCCAUGUGUGAUCCCGUUCGUGGGGGCGUGUCUCGACGAUCCGAGUCAGUUUGCCAUCGUCACACAGUACGUCUCUGGAGGAUCACUCUUCUCACUGCUGCAUGAACAAAAACGGCUGAUUGACCUGCAGUCAAAACUCAUCAUUGCCAUUGAUGUGGCCAGAGGGAUGGAAUAUUUACACAACCUGACUCAGCCCAUCAUCCACAGAGACCUCAACAGUCACAACAUUCUGCUGUAUGAAGACGGUCAUGCUGUCGUGGCUGAUUUCGGGGAAUCACGCUUCCUGCUCUCCAUGGAUGAAGACAACAUGACAAAACAACCUGGGAACCUUCGUUGGAUGGCUCCGGAGGUUUUUACACAGUGCACACGCUACACGGUGAAGGCCGACAUGUUCAGUUACGCUCUGUGUCUGUGGGAGCUGCUGACCGGAGAGAUCCCCUUCGCUCACCUCAAACCAGCGGCUGCGGCUGCUGAUAUGGCGUAUCAUCACAUCCGGCCUCCAAUUGGCUACUCCAUCCCCAAACCUCUGUCCGCUCUGCUCAUGCGGGGGUGGAACUCCUGUCCUGAGGAAAGGCCAGAGUUCUCAGAAGUUGUAUCUAAACUUGAGGAGUGUUUGUGCAACAUUGAGUUGAUGUCUCCAGCCUCCAGUAACAGCAGUGGUUCUCUUUCUCCAUCGGCGUCUUCAGACUGUUUGUUUGGUCGCAUGAGUCCAGGCCGAAGUCACGUAGCUGCGCUGCGCUCACGCUUUGAACUGGAGUAUGCACUGAACACCCGUACUGUGUGGAGUUCUGGACGCCGUUCCUCUCAGGGUCUGUCUUUGGAUGAGCUCAGGAGAAACAUGCAGUUCCCCAUCGACAGAAAUGGUUAUGUAUCAGAUCCCAUGAGCACCAUGAGGUUCCACUCCAGCAGCAACACCAGCCUUGAGGAUACCAGCUGAUACACACACACACACACACUCUCUCUCUCACACACACACACAUAUAGAUGAUAGUAAUGAAUAAGGAAAUAUUGUGUGACAGUGUGUGUGUGUGUUUGUGUGCGAGAGAUUUUGGUGUUUUAAGUUUAAUCAAAUCUAUGAAAUGAAAUCAGUUUUUUGUGUUAAUAUUAAAAAAAAAAUUGUGAAUAUUAAUCACUUUUUAAAUUUUAUUUGCUUGUUAAUUCUGAAUGCAGAAAUUAAAAUCUAAUAUAAAACAACAAACAAAGAUUAAACUGGAGGCACUGAAGUUUCCCUUUGAACUGUGUGUGUGUGUGUGUGUGAAUUAUUCAGUCAGUGUUCAGUGGUGUCCGAUUUCUGCCUCAGCAGAACAGCGGAGAAUAAACUGGUAAACUUCAUGAACCAAAAAUCAUUCUAAAUUCAUUUUAUUUUGUU